UCCGAGUUAUGGACAGGUAUUGAGCUUAUUUGAUUUUUUGCUAUUACCAAUCUAAACCACAAUUUUAGAUCAGAGUUCGAAAACAAAAGCGAUCGACAAUUCACUGUUCUGAUAAUUGGUAGUGGUUUAUAAGCCUUAGAAAAUCAAACGACUUAGAUUUUAUUACUUAGACCAGUAAUUGUAAAACGAUGGAUUCAGUAAUGCAUGAAUACUUAUUAAUAACCGGACAUGUGACGAAAAAAGAGAUCUGUAAUCCAACGUUUGUUAGACGCAUAGAAAUGUGUGAAUUCUGAACUGCAAUUUUAUAUACCUAACAUCUGCUGAACAUAGAUAAUCGUUGGAGUACCUACAGAAAAUAGGCGCAUUCUAUUGUAAUAAAUAAUAAUAAGUGUAUGAAACAAUCUGCAAAAUAGGCCAUGAAACCAAAAGCCAGCAGUCAGCAAAUAUAUCACUGAGCAUUUGCUAUCAAUUUAUCGAAACAUAGCAGGGAAAAACCACUCCUAAAUUCCAUCAGAGAUGUCCAACCCCAAGGAGGAAGCCUUCCUGAUUGCACCGGAAGUGGACGAAAAUCUGCCCCCCGAGGAGCGCCUCAAGCUGGACAAAACUUUCGAAAAGGAAAUAACUCGGCUGCAACGAAAAUACCUGAACAUCGCCAAUGCCGGGCCGGCUGCCAAAGAUGUUCAAAUUAUGCGAUGCCUGGAGAAAAAGUUAAAACAUCUGAAGCGGGAACGGUGCGAACAGAGAACGGAACUGAAAGUGGCCUAUGCUCCUUGUCACGUGACCCGAUACGAACGCCAGCUUCAGCAUGUAGAAGAAAAUGUACGUAAAUAUGAACAGCUCGAUUUGGAAAUAGCGGAAAUUCGAACGGAGAUUCUGCACCUCCAGUCGCAGAUGAAACGAUUGGAAAAGGAGCGUAAAGAUCUGCAGAAAAUUUCUCAGUCGGAUCAUUUCUACUACAAUCGUGUUCUGAAGGCCAAGAAACGGCUUGCCACACUAAAAGAUAAACUUUACCACAUGAAAAAACGAGAAUCGAUUAUUUUGGUCAAAAAUCGCAAGCUAAAAGAAAUGGUUGAAGACAUGCUGAUUGCGAGAAGGCUUUUCCAUCAGCAGUGGAGACGCAUGAUCGAUCAGCUGGCAUACGAUAAAAAGUUUCUGAUCGAUAUGAUUGAGCGCACUAUUUUGGCCUUCAAUCAGGGCGAGGAACUGUGCCGCAAAAUUGAUUCCCUUAAAGAAUACGCUGCGAGGGAGCAGAAAGCUCAGCGGCAGGAAAUGUUGGAGCUGCAGAGGAGAAUAAAAAAUGACCAAAAAAAUCAUGAGUUUCUUCGGAGCAAAGGUUUUCUGCGGGAAAUGUGCGAGUUGGACCCGCGGGAAGUUUACCGCAGGAAUACGGCGAAAAGGGACUACUCUCGCAAGAUUGAGCUUUAUACUAGAAUUAUCGAGAAAACGAAAAAAUUUUGCAAGGUGCAGGAUGUUACGGAGUUGAUUGGAAAAUAUCAAAUUCAGGAGGAUGCGUUUUUUGCCCAUUUCAACUACUUGAACGAACUGAAUUUUCAGUUUGAACGACUGAAUUGUACGCUGAAGGAGUUGCAUGAAAAGGUGGACGAUUUGAAGGAUCAAAAACAAGCGAAUGAAAAUCGGCAGGAGAAAAGCUACAAGCAACUUCAUGAGCAGCUACUUAAGGAGUGUCAGACCACGAAAAAAUUGGAAAAAUUUACACAGGAUGAUGAGUCAGAACUUUUAGAUCAGUUUAAAGAGCUGGACGAGAUUCUGGAAAUUAUCGGUUAUGAUCGAGCAGAAGUAUCUAAAUUACUUGGAGAUCAUCGUAAAGCGACGAAACAGAAUGUUAAACGAUUCCUGAUUACACUGGAAAAAAGGUUGAACACAGUAUUGGCGGAGGUAUACACCAGUCCUGUAACUUGUGAAGAUCCUUCCCUCAGGAGACCAAUCACCCAUGCUCCGGAGGAAAUUGUGCGUAUAGAACAGGUUCUUACCACCCAGCAGUGUGCGGAAUGUGCCGAAGGCCAGGAUGUCAACAAGUACGACGAAGGUAUUGUUUUACCCAAGGAUAAACAGCAGAUUAGGGUCGCUAUGAUCAAGAAGUCACGUGCCCCUGAGAUGGAGUACAGAAUGCAUAACCUGAGCAAGUGUAAAUUGCCGCGGUCGAGAAUUCUAGUCAACAAAAGAUAUCAGUGAAAUAACCCUACAUAAGUGGCGAAAUUAUUUUGGGUCGAACAAAUAGAGGUGAUUAAAUGGAUUUAGGCCAACCCAAAAAUAGUUUGCGUGUCCCACAUCCAACUCUAGCUCAUCAUAAUGAUUGAACUGUUUCGACCGGUGCCAAGCUGCAAAUUCAAUUAGCAUCCUACCUGUACACAAACCCAAACCCUUAGUUUGGGCAAAUUAUCGUUUCUAUUAUGUAUUCUGUGAGGUUUCUGUUGUGUACUGCGGCCUCUGCGGUAACCCAAAAUGUGGUCAAAUUGUGACCUAACCCAGCAAUGGAUGUAGUUAGUAUAGGAUGUAUAGCUAAAACGUGGCUGCUGACCCGGUAUAAGUAGACUUAUUUGAUUUAUUUUCAAUUUGGCACAUCCCGUGCUGCUGUUCAGCUCGCUCUCCUGCUGCUGCUGUUGUGAGUUUAUCCAUCGGGAUCCAAUGGUGCAGUUAAAGUACAAAAAGAACCCGAGGCAGCGCACGAACCUAAAGUGGGAAAACUGGAAUGUACGAUAAUGAACCUGAUGAAAGGCCGAAGGCGACACGUAAAAAGGGUUCGCUCUUGCCAGCGACCAAUUUGCUUGAAGAAAAGCGGUUGGAGAAAGUUUAACGAGUUUCUUGCGGGGACAGUGCACAAACAGGUUGAUCAGUAAUUUGCCCGCCCUUUCCAAACAGUUGCUGGGUUGUGGUUUUUAUUUGCUAAUUUUUCUUUCUAAUUCUGAGUGCUGUCUUUCCUGUAUUUGUUUGUCAUUUACUAUAUAAAUUAUAAAUAUUUCUUUUCUUCGGCUUUAACACGAUUAAUUCUCUAAACAUUUUCUCUAUUCCGUAUUUUUUAUAAGCCAGAAAAAAAUAAUCCAUAAUCAGUCCUUGUUUAGUUGUCUCAUUGGAAAAACGCAACUUACAAGAGCAUUUAAGCUCUGAUUCUCAUUUUUUAAAUGUGACGGAACAUUGAGGUUUUUAACAGGGCAACUGUCUUUAACGUUUAUGGAACUAACUAAAUCGAAUGAAUU